CCUGAACGCACCUCCGUGACGUUUUCUUGUUUAGAUGAUCAUGGCGGGAGACAGAGGGUACGUCCUUCACUUCUAAGAUGACUAGCUACUGUAGUAUAACCGUGUUUCGCGUGAAGUUUGUUUUAUUUAAAAACAAAAGAUAAAGUAUUAGUCAUUUAAGGGUCAAGUCCAGGCAACUGACAAAGCAGGUCCUUGGCGUUCGUGCCACUGCUAGCGUUAGCAAUAGAAAGUCUCGAAGUUUUACGGUGGUUUCGAAAUUAGCUUGAUGGUGAUGGCGUCUAUGUUGGUAAAAGACAACCCAAUUCUCUUACCCCUCAACGUCGAGAAAACGGUCUAUGAUGGGUUCAUCACUGUCCAGGAAACAGACCUGAGACUGAGAAUACAUCUACCACCAGAUCGUCAACUCAAAAAGGCCAAGUUUCAUUGCUGUUUGAAGUUAAAGCACCUGUUAGAUGGAUAUGAACACAUUGUAAAGCAGAGGCUACAUCAGUCGACUGAUCUUGUCGGUUUCAUUCUGGAACUGAAAACUGUCUUGGAAGUGUGCCUAAAAAAACUUCCUAAGUGCUACUCUAUUCCGCCUCCACAAUACUACUCCCAACUCAUCUUGGAAAUGGAAACUCUUGGGUGGGACAAGCUACUUUUCAUCGACACCCAGUUUCAGAUAUUGAGGAUGAAAGCUGAGGACUCCUCUGGACGGCAACACAUUCUUACCAUUAACCUCAAGUCCAAGCACCCAGCAGAGGCUCCUGAAUGCUCAGCUGACCUGCCCGUCCCCCUUCUCUUAAAAUGGACACCACAGUCUUCUUUGAACCAACUCUAUAGUCAGUUCCUGCUGGUCAUAGAGGCUCUGACUGAGUUCUGGGAUGUUCUCGAUGAGAUUGACGCAAAGACCUGGAUUCUGGAGCCCGAAAAACCAAAUCUCUCUGACACUAUGAGGCGGAUCGCUAUUGCAAACAAUGUCUCCAUAAAAGUAGAAGUUGAUCCCCAACACCCAAAGAUGCUGCCAGAAUGCUGCCUACUGGGAGCUGAGCAUGUUGUGACGCCGCUGAGGAAUAACCUGAACGCCAACAUGCAUUUGUGGAACCCGGACUCUGGUGUCUUGCAAAACCUCCAGGAUGUUUUGGAGAUCGAAUUCCCAUCACCUGCCACCCACGAAAAAUCUAUGUUCAGUGUCGAGUGCGGGAUCUGCUACUCCUAUCGCUUUGAGGCUGCUAUCCCUGACCAGGUGUGCAACGAUCCUCGCUGUAGUCAGCCCUUCCAUCAGGUGUGCCUGUAUGAGUGGCUGCGUGUGCUGCCCGCCAGCAGGCAGAGCUUUAACACGGUUUUUGGAGAGUGUCCUUACUGCAGCAAGCCCAUUACUGUGAAAACGGCAGCACAGAAGUCCUGAGAAGUGGCUCGGCGUGCCGCGGCAACUAAAGGAAACGGCCUAAAAGCUAAUUAGAGCCAAAGAAAAGAAAGAAGGUCACUGUUCUCGUUGAAAAAGGGAGAAGUGAAAAAUCCUGCGCGGAGGG